CUCAGUUUUAGUUUUUGACAUUAUAUUGGUACCACAAAGCGGGUGCCAUGUUUACAAUUCUACUGAGAGUUUUUGCUAUUUUCCUGUUUGUACAGGUAGUCAAGUCUCAAGUGCCGAGUAUCAUCACUCAUCCGUUAAACCAAACUAUUGUUGUGGGUGAGACUGUAACGUUCUUUGUAGUAGCUGAAGAUGUAAUGAAAUAUGAAUGGUAUUUCGGUAACGUUAUCUUUCGCAAUGGUAAGGACGUUCGUGGAGCCACUACUAAUAUUUUGACACUUACGAAUGUGGUACAAGAAAAUGCAGACAAUUAUUUCGUCAGGGUAUCAAACUCAGAUGGUUCAGUUGACUCUUAUCCUGCUACUCUAACUGUUGUGUCCAAUCUCCCGAUAAUCACGAGUGAGCCCAGUAACCUCCUCUUAGUUGUUGAAGGGACCACUGUUCAGUUUUCUGUGACAGCUGAAGGCGUUGAUUUGACUUACCAGUGGAUGAAUGGAGAUGGAGAUCUUUCUGAUAUGGUUGAUAAGAUAUCGGGUGCUACCUUGGCAACCUUGAUGAUCAUGAAUGUUGCCUUGUCAGAUGUCAAUGGCUAUUCAGUUCGAGUUAGCAACAGUGCUGGUGACGUUGAUUCACUGACAGCAAAUCUAAUCACAACCUCUAGUUACCAAGUGACCCUUAGUAACAGCUCAAUACUGGAAACUAUAGAAAGCAGUCAGGCUAGCAUUCUUUAUCAAGCAACUCUGUCGAGAAUCAAUGGAGAACAAAUUCUGAAAUUACCUGCCGUGGUCUCAGUUACACUGGUUGCCGAGGGAACACCUUCCAACACAGUUUCUGAAGAAGGUGUCGAUUUCAACAUUGGACCCCUCACGGUCAGGUUUGAUCCGUGUGACCCUUGCACCCCAGACCACCUGCAGAGGGAGGCACAGCUGUGUGUGAAGGAUGACGAUGAUUUGGAGUUUGAGCAUGGGUUCACUCUCAGUGUUGAUUUAGCGUCAACAGACCCCUCAGGGAUAACUGCAGGAAACCCCCUGCAGAUCACCAUUACUGAUGAUGAGCAAUCAGCUGUUGGUAUAACAUUCGAUCAAGCUAACUACACUGUUGCUGAGGGCAGUAGCCUCACUGUGACUGGAAGACUCACUGGACUAACAGGAGAGCUGCAGAGUGACUUCUCUCUCACACUGGGUGUUGAUUUUUCUGUUAAUAUACAUACAUCUUCCCAAGAUGUCACAUUCAAUCGUGCUGUCAAUUUCAUGGCCAGUGGAGCCAAAACAUUUUCUCUGGAUGUUGAUAUUAACAAUGAUGACGACUUUGAAGGGUUCCAUUCGUUUGUGAUAUCUCUACCGACUGACUCUGGCUACAUUAAUCCUCUAGCCAGUGACACUGCCAGUACCACCGUCACCAUCAGUGACUUCGAUGAUGCCACUGUUGCGGUAGUAGCUUCCACAGAAACGGGUUUGGAGGGUACCAAUCUGACUGAAACCUGUGCCAUGCUCUCGGCUGCACCAGGGAACAUUAUGACCGAUAUUAUAGUGAACUUCGAGUUGAUUCCUGACACUGCAGAUACCAGUGAUUAUGCAGCUGUGGGUAGUCUACAGACCAUGAUUCCAGCUGGUUCUACAGUUGGCCUUUCGUCACGUGUCUGUGUAAAUGUCAGUCUAGUCGAUGACAACCUUCUCGAAGAGAAUGGAGAAAGAUUCUCUGUACGUUUGCAAUCUGAAAAUGCCGAAGUUGGUUCUUCAAAUACCAUCGAUGUUUCUAUUACUGAUGAUGAUGCUGGUGAUUUUAAACUUUCUUUGGCUGCUGAUGAUGGAACAUUAAGUUUCAAUGAAGAUUUGGAACAAGGCAUCGAUUUUCUUUUGACAUUGAGCAGAAUAGAUGGAGAGCCUGUUCGUCUUGCUACCCAGGUUUUGUUCUCUGUAUCCACAACUGGAUUUCCUGCCAAUGUUUCUGAUCGAGGCAUUGACUUUGAAAGCCCAUCUUCCUCAUUUAGUUAUGUCAUCUUUGGAGAGUGUGAUCCGUGUUUUGGUAAUUCAAUGUUAGAAAUUGGACAGACAGUCAAUUUUGUCCAAACAUUUGUUAAGGAUGAUGAUGAUUUAGAAUUUGAUCAUGGAUUCAUUCUUGAAGUAGUUGGUCCACCUGAUAGUAUAAUCCUGCCAAGUCCAGUACAGAUCAACAUCACUGAUGACGAACAAUCAACAGUUGGUGUAACAUUCGAUCAAGCUAACUACACUGUUUCUGAGGGCAGUAGCCUCACUGUGACUGGAAGACUCACUGGACUAACAGGAGAGCUGCAAAGCAACUUCUCUCUCACACUAAGUGUUGAUUUCUCUCUUGAUGCAUUAACAAAUACUAGUGAUGUCACAUUCAACCCUGCUAACUUGAUCAUCAAUUUCGCUGCCUUUGAAAACUUAACGUUUUCUCUGACUAUUGAUGCUAACGAUGACAAUGAUUUUGAAGGGCUCCACUCGUUUGUGAUAUCUCUACCGACUGACUCUGACUACAUUAAUCCUCUAUUCAGUGACACUGCCAAUACAACCAUCACCAUCAGUGACUUUGAUGAUGCCACUGUUGUGGUAACAGCUUCUACAGAAACGGGUUUGGAGGGUACCAAUCUGACUGAAACCUGUGCCAUGCUCUCGGCUGCACCUGGGAAUAUUAUGACCGAUAUUAUAGUGAACUUUGAGUUGAUUCCUGACUCUGCAGACGCCAGUGACUAUGCAGCUCUGGGUAGUCUACAGACCGUGAUUCUAGCUGGUUCUAUUGCCGGCCCUUCGUCACGUGUCUGUGUGAAUGUUAGUCUAGUCGAUGACGACCUUCUCGAAGAGAAUGGAGAAAGAUUCUCUGUACGUUUGCAAUCUGAAAAUGCCGAAGUCGGUUCUUCAAAGAACAUCGAUGUUUCUAUUACUGAUGAUGAUGCUGGUGAUUUUAAACUUUCUUUGACUGCUGAUGAUGGAGCAGUAAGUUUCAAUGAAGAUUUGGAACAAGAUAUCGAUUUUCUUUUGACACUGAGCAGAAUAGAUGGAGAGCCUGUUCGUCUUGCUACCCGGGUCUUGUUCUCUGUAUCCACAACUGGAUUUCCUGCCAAUCUUUCUGAUCGAGGCAUUGAUUUUGACAGCCCAUCUUCCUCAUUUAGUUAUGUCAUCUUUGGAGAGUGUGAUCCGUGUUUUGGUGAUUCAAUGUUGGAAAUUGGACAGACGGUUAAUUUUGUUCAAACAUCCGUUAAGGAUGAUGAUGAUUUAGAGUUCAAUCAUGGAUUUUUUCUUGAAGUAGUUGGUCCACCUGAUAGUAUAAUCCUGCCAAGUCCAGUACAGAUCAACAUCACUGAUGACGAACAAUCAACAGUUGGUGUAACAUUUGACCAAGCUAACUACACUGUUGCUGAGGGCAGUAGUCUUACUGUGACUGGAAGACUCACUGGACUAACAGGAGAGCUGCAAAGCAAUUUCUCUCUCACACUCAGUGUUGAUUUCUCUGUUGAUACAUUAACAGGUUCUAGUGAUGUCACAAUUAGUCCCUCUGAUUUGAUAAUCAAUUUUGUUGCUUUUGAAAACACAACGUUUUCUCUGAUUAUUGAUGCUGACAACGAUGAUGACUUUGAAGGGUUCCACUCAUUUGUGAUAUCUCUACCGACUGACUCUGACUACAUUAAUCCUCUAGCCAGUGACACUGCCAGCACCACCGUCACCAUCAGUGACUUUGAUGAUGCCACUGUUGUGGUAACAGCUUCCACAGAAACGGGUUUGGAGGGUACCAAUCUGACUGAAACCUGUGCCAUGCUCUUGGCUGCACCAGGGAACAUCAUGACCGAUAUUAUACUGAACUUUGAGUUGAUUCCUGACACUGCAGACACCAGUGAUUAUGCAGCUGUGGGUAGUCUACAGACCGUGAUUCCAGCUGGUUCUACUGCCGGCCCUUCGUCACGUGUCUGUGUGAAUGUUAGUCUAGUCGAUGACGACCUUCUCGAAGAGAAUGGAGAAGUGUUCUCUGUACGUUUGCAAUCUGAAAAUGCCGAAGUCGGUUCUUCAAAUACCAUCGAUGUUUCUAUUACUGAUGAUGAUGCCAAUCUCCCGAUAAUCACGAGUGAGCCCAGUGACCUCCUCUUAGUCGUUGAAGGGACCACUGUUCAGUUUUCUGUGACAGCUAAAGGCGUUGAUUUGACUUACCAGUGGAUGAAUGGAGAUGGAGAUCUUUCUGAUAUGGUUGAUCAGAUAUCGGGUGCUACCUUGGCAACCUUGAUGAUCAUGAAUGUUACCUUGUCAGAUGUCAAUGGCUAUUCAGUCCGAGUUAGCAACAGUGCUGGUAACGUUGAUUCGUUGACAGCAAAUCUAAUCACAACCUCUAGUUACCAAGUGACCCUUAGUAACAGCUCAAUACUGGAAACUAUAGAAAGCAGUCAGGCUAGCAUUCUUUAUCAAGCAACUCUGUCGAGAAUCAAUGGAGAACAAAUUCUGAAAUUACCUGCCGUGGUCUCAGUUACACUGGUUGCCGAGGGAACACCUUCCAACACAGUUUCUGAAGAAGGUGUCGAUUUCAACAUUGGACCCCUCACGGUCAGGUUUGAUCCGUGUGACCCUUGCACCCCAGACCACCUGCAGAGGGAGGCACAGCUGUGUGUGAAGGAUGACGAUGAUUUGGAGUUUGAGCAUGGGUUCACUCUCAGUGUUGAUUUAGCGUCAACAGAUCCCUCAGGGAUAACUGCAGGAGACCCCCUGCAGAUCACCAUUACUGAUGAUGAGCAAUCAACUGUUGGUGUAACAUUCGAUCAAGCUAACUACAAUGUUGCUGAAGGCAGUAGCCUCACUGUGACUGGAAGACUCACUGGACUAACAGGAGAGCUGCAGAGUGACUUCUCUCUCACACUGGGUGUUGAUUUUUCUGUUAAUAUACAUACAUGUAAGCCACGUACAGAAGCUUACUAA